AUGAUAUGAUCAUUUAAAUUUGAAAAUAAGGUAUUUUAGAAAUAAAAUAUACAGUUCAAUAUAUAUAUUGUAUAUAGCGUGUAUUAUUCUUUCGAAUCUUCUCCUUUUACAGAGCUUCUAGGUUGUUUUUUCUCAUGUUGAUUCUAUCUGAAGUUCAGUAUGCUUCAAUAUAUUCCAUCCCUCAUUAGGCAAUAACUUUUUAAGACUAGAUAAUAAAGAUUUCACAUGUCUUGUUGUGUAUGGUCGUCUAGUACUUUAUUUAUAUAUUAUGUUAGUUGUUACAUAGCUAGCACAUAAAAUAUCUAUCAAUAUGAUUUUUUCUCCACUGUAUGACUUGAAAUGUUGCGGGGUAUAUUUUCUAACAUUGGCAAAUGUGCCUGGGCGUUACUGCAAGUGAUACCAUGAAGCAUUUAUUAACCUUAUCUACUUAAAUAUCAUCAUGACAUAAUUAAAUUUCACAUAAAAAUAUCUCAUUUAAAAUUCUUUCAAAUAAAAUUUUGACCUCUAGUACUUCUUAACACUUUUAUACAUACCAUGCAUCAUCAUUCAUGAUGCUGGCCGUCGCGACCUUGAGCUUAGCAACGAUGAGGGUGCCUACCAUAUUAGCAUAUAUGGUUUGUCUCGACACUAUGGUCUGAUGAGCAAGCCAACCCUUCUUUUGCUCACCAAUUAUUCGCUACGCCGAUGUUGUCGUCGGCUUUCUUGUGUGGUUACCUUUCGAAGCAUGGUUACCUCAUGGAGGCUGCCUCCGCGUCAGUGGCACGCUCUAUUUCAUUCUGCUGACACAUUUUUCCUUCCACUCUUACUAAUCAUCUGUCUAUAAAGAAGAUAAGACGGCCUCGAUUCCGAUUCCAAGUCGCAGGGACUUACAAUCUAGAUACAAACUCCAUCCACUUUCAAUUUUAUAUAUUAUAAGAAGUUUCAUGACCAAAAUUAAUAACGAGCUUAGAAAACAAUACGUUCUUUAAAAAUAGGUAGAGAUAUUAUUUGAAAUGUUAGAAGCCAGUAAUUAAUGAAAUUAUAUGAUAAAAAGUAAUGUAAUAUAACUUUCUAUAUUCCGUUUUAAAAACACAUUCAUUUUAUUGCAAAACACUAAAAAGGAUCAAUACUAACAAGAUGUUUCAAAUGGUGGAUCGUAAGAUGUUAACCUUUUCAAUAUUUUGGAUACCAUUAGUCGAAGCAUAAUCUAUUAUAAGCACUAAAUCAGACGAUUGAUUUGACCAUCGUAUAAUUAUUUUUCUUAGUCUUCUUAAUCGUAUGUUUUAAGCUAUCAUUUAAAGUCGAGUUAGAGAAGAUAGAUGGUUCCUUAACUUGAUUGUUAGAUAUAUAUUUUGUAGAUAUAUCACCUUAUUAGUAUUUGUAUGGAAUAUUUUUUUCAUCUUAUUCGCUAAAGUUUUAUGUUAUAUAUACCUGUGUAAGAUUUGGACCAAAACCUAAUAUUGAAAAAUUUGGCUCAUUACGAUAAUGAUUAGAGGAGAGCCCAAUUUAAUUGGUAUAACAUGUUUUAUGUAGCUAAAUAGAGCAUUAUUAAAUAUGAUAAACUAAUUUUAUUAUUUUAUUUAUUAUAUUGAAAAUAAAAUAUAGAAGUAUAAAAAGAGAAAAAAAGUAAAUAAAUAAAAUGCAUCAUAACUAGUUAAUUUAUACCUGCUGCAUUGUUGAGCAUUUACGGUUCACCCUAUCCCUUAGUAGGGCUUCUGGAAAAGCUCACGACUCUUGAGCUAUUUAAAUUUGAUUGGCUAAAACCUCAAUUCAAAUUGAGUUAUAUUAGGAAUUAAGCUGAACUUGGACCUAAUCUGGAAAUCGCAAGCUCCAUCGAUCCGAGAUCGAGUUAUUCGAUGAAGUCCAAGUAUUUCUGUUUGCAUGGUAUAUACAUGCACCCUGCUACUUUUAUUAAAUUUCCAACCAUCUAAAAUUAAAAUAAUAUAUCUGGAGGCUUGAACCUUCCGCUAGCUAGCGAGCUCUUGUGUCACGCAAACUAAAAUAGAUAUAAAAUAAUAAAGUUAAAUGCUUAGAUAUAUUUCUCUUUUCAUUCAUUAAUCGUAUUAAACGUCUUUCUACCUAUUAUUAAUAUUGCUGGCGUGGAGUCGCUUUGUUGUGAUAAAAAAGAUUAACAACAUCUCGGCCUCAGAAUCACAUCGACCUCGGCUCGGGAUGCUCCAGUGGCAGGCUCGCUCGAGCUCGGCUCAUUGACAGCCCUCCCGCUCAGGGCUCAGCAGGGGUCAGGUUCAUCUCCUCCCUCUGUUUCUUGAACCUUUCCCUUCUCUCGGACUCUCUCCUCCCUUCUCCGCUCUUCCUUCCCUGGCGGCGACGACUGGGCGAGCAGCGGCGCCAUUUGUUACGUCUUCGUCCAGCCCUUUGCCGGCGACGAGCGCAUCCUCCAGAGCAGGCGAACAGGGGAUGCCCCCAGCUUAAUCAAAUGGGGUCUUUUCUCACCAGGACUGGCGUCCUGCCAUGGCUCCAGAGCAAGAUUGUUGAUCCCGUCCUGCAGGUCAUCAGAAGGGGAGCAGAACCCAAGCAACUGGCCUUCUCUGCUGCCCUUGGAGUCACCAUUGGAAUCUUUCCAAUAUGCGGGACCACUGUUAUUCUUGGCGGUGUUGCUGUAGCAAUGUUGGGAAGCCGUUGCAAUGCCGUUACUGUUAUGGUUCUAAAUUUGGCCGCCACUCCUCUUGAGCUAAGCUUGAUCAUCCCUUUCCUGCGUUUGGGAGAAGCAAUCACGGGCAGUGGGCACUUCCCCUUGACUGCUGAUGCGUUGAAGAACGUCCUCACCGGCCAUGCCUCAAAGGAUGUGCUGCUGAGCAUCGUCCAUGCGAUGCUAGGAUGGCUGAUUGCUGCACCAUUUGUACUGGGCGUGUUGUACAUGGUCUCGGUCCCAUGUUUCAAGGUCCUGGUGGAUAGGUUUGGCGGCAUUCCUUCAAGCCCGAGGACACCAAUAAAGGCAGUGUAACUAGCAUGGCAUGCCCAAUGCUCCUGAAGCUGUGUGUGUACAACCGAUUCUUUGUUAUACCAGCGGGUUGAGAUGGGUUCCGGCAUCAUGUUGCUCGGCCAUCCAUCCCAGGCACUGGCAAAUAAUUAGACCUUGAGCUGAUAGGCAUGUGUUAUAUACUCUGUAGUUCUGUAUGCUGGCUUCAUGAUCAUAUAGUGAGAUCUGAAAUGUGCAUUUCUGAAUUUGCAAAGUCUGGAUAAAUAAAGUUUGGAAGCACCAGGGCCAUGGGAGCACUGUGAUGGAGUC